UUCACUUACUACCUAUCUUGCCAUUUCUCAUCCCUCUGUAUUCUCUACUAAACUACAAUGCCAGACAAAGGCAAAACCCCAGAAAAACAACCCUCAGACAAAGGAAGCAAAGAGCACUCCUCGCACGAGGACAAUGAAUCCUCCUCCUCCCUUGCAGACCGCAUCCAGAGCUCCGCCGCCCGUCUAGCCAGAGACGCAUUCUACUCUUCUUCUUCUUCUUCUUCUUCAUCUGUCCCAGAUCUAGCCUCUAUACUAUCCAGCAAGACAGAGGGUUCUUCGGGAUCAAGGCCAAGGCCGGAGAUAUCUGGACCGUCACAUUCUAGAGAGCAUCCGAAUCCACAUUCCACUAGAUUCCGCUCUACAGAGACCGCCAUUGGAGAGGUUGAAAAUGGUUUUAUCGAGGAGUUUGAAAAUAGUCCUAUCAUACUAGAGCAGGGAGAACAGAAAGACUAUCUACCAGGACAGAAAGCACAUUUACCACAAUGGAAAGGAAAUGAUGGCGAAGAGGUACUCUCCCUCCUCUCUUCACAAGAAUACCACUCCGUUCACGACUAUGAACCCAUGGAGGACCUCCAACCCCCGCCACCCCUCUCCGAGAUGGAAAUGCAAAUCAUACAAUCGUUCCGUUUGUCCGAGGGAGGAGCACAAACAAGCCUGCAGGAUCUAAGCUCUAUCAGCUCGAUAAGCUUGAUCCCAGGCAUCGACUCAAUAGACCCAGACCCAACAGAUAGUCAAGAUCUCUCCCUCCGUGAUCGUGUUCUGGACAAUCUACCGGGCGCACAGGACUGGAUCGGCGUGCAGGAGGGCUACCACGAUGCUGUGUGGGGGUAUCUUCGGCCUGUCUUGGAGAAUGCCGCGGCUGAAUUGACAGACCGUCCUCAUAAUAAUGAUACCCCGGCAGUGAAAAGGGUACAGUCUAUCCUAGGGUAUAUGCGGGCGAAACUAUAACAGAUAGGGGAAAAAAGAAUGUAUAUACAAGCGGAGCGCCAAGAAAUCGAUAUUUCUGUAUAACGGAGACCAAAGUAAAGAGUAAUUUGAUAUAAAGAUUUAAUUAUGACUUAUGAUACAGUUAAAGCUCCAAACUGGGUGUCUGCCCCUUGACUCGUCCAAUGACAAUCUGCGAGGCAUAUUUGGGAAUCACCUCGUCGUCAUGUAACAUU